CAAUUCCUGGCUCCCAGGGGAGGCCUGAUUUCUACACAUCCUAUUAUUUCCCCAUAAACUUACCUGUUUCGUCUUCAGAGUCUCAGCCAAGAACAUGAACGCCGACAAGAAGCCCACUACCUCAACUUUACCCUCCUCAUCCUCUUCGCAAAGGCCUACUAGCCUUCAAAGAAUUGCACGGAGUCCGUGGACCCUACUUCAUAUUGUACUAUUCACCGCCAGUCUCAGAUAUCUGUGGAGUUAUAUGCAAUGGCCUAAGGGAGGGGAUAUGGCUCUAUCGCUCAAUACUGCUCUUACAAUACUCUAUAUUAUUGUACGGCGCUAUGUAGAUGAUUAG